UGAAAUAUUUCUCACUGUUGAUAAAAAGAUGUUGGAAUACUUGACACUAUAUAUUCUUUCUGUGAAAUGUAUUAAAAUGGCUCAAUAUUUGUAUUUCUAUACAAUAAUGGCUGAUCUAGAGAUAAUUGACUUAGAG